AUGAAAGCUCUUACUUUCCCUCGAAACUCUUAUGUACACAUACUUGGAAAAUUCCAUUUGAACUUUAUCGAAGGUGAUCAAAUCGACGAGGAUUCAGAAGAAAUGCUUGAUGACGAUGAUGAUAAUAAUAUUGAUAAUCUUGAUCGGCAACCAUCACCACAACCACAGUUAUUACCACAAUCAACACUACAACACCGUUUCAUACCAUUUUAUGGUAUAUUACAAAAUUGA